AAAGCCCUUUAAAAUAGUGUCGAAAGUGGAGGGGUGCCGGGAUGGGGAAAACGCGAGUAGGACAUUUCGGCGCGCGAAAUAUACAGCAGGAAGAGAGGAACGGCGAGUUUUUGGUUUUGAAUCAAUCAAACUAAAUUCCAUAAUCUACAAACAUCUAUAUUAAUAUGGCAGAUCCGAAGGAAACACCAGAAGAGCAGGAGACUUCAACAGAAAAUGCAGAAGAAUCAAACCACGAUCCCCAUUAUGAGCCCAUCGUGUCUCUUCCAGAGCAGGAUGUGAAGACGCUAGAGGAGGACGAGGAGGAACUGUUCAAAAUGCGGGCGAAGCUCUACCGCUUUGCCUCUGAGAAUGACCCACCAGAGUGGAAGGAGCGCGGCACAGGCGACGUCAAGCUCCUGAAACACAAAGAGAAGGGCACCAUCCGCCUAUUGAUGAGGCGAGACCGGACCUUAAAGAUCUGUGCCAAUCACAACAUUUUCCCUGUGAUGGAGCUGAAGCCCAACGCCGGCAGCGACAGGGCCUGGGUAUGGAACACACUCGCCGACUUCGCUGAUGAGCAUCCCAAACCUGAACUCCUGGCAAUCCGUUUCCUCAAUGCAGAAAAUGCUCAGAAAUUUAAGGUGAAGUUCGAUGAAUGCAAGGAGGAAGUCCGAAAAUCUCAAGAUGGAUCAGGAGAAAACACUGACAGUGCAAACAAAGUGGCAGAGAAACUGGAGGAACUAUCUGUAAAAGACAAGACCAAGACAGAGGAAAAGAGGGAGGAGGGAAAGGAGAAAGCGGCAGCAGAAGAGAAGAAAUGAAACCAAGAACUUGCUUUAUUGAUCUUCAACUUGUCAUUUUCUACAAUAGACUCUAAAGAAACUGAAUUUGGACACUUGCAUAUUGAUUUAUUUAGUUUUUUUUAAUGAUUUGUUUACUUCGAGAUCACAAGACCUUGGUGCCGCAAAAAAAUUAUCCAUUCAUUAAAAUGUGCCCCUCCCCACCCGCCCUCUGCUUUUUCCGUCAUGGAAAACCAAGUUGUCUGUUCUGCGCAUCUGUCACUCAUACUCAUUUCAGACAGAAGAUGUGGUGUAUUACCUGUUUUUUUUUAAAAAACAGCCCCUUUAUUUACUACUUUCAAACUGAGAGGGAUGGGGAGUGUUAAACCAUGGGGGCUGUUUGCAUUACAAAUUAGGGAGGUAUUAAACAAUGGAUGUGUUUUAAUGAAUUUACCUACAAAAAAAAACAGCACCACGGGGUGGAUUCGAUUAUGCUUGCCUGGGGGGCACUGGUCUAUGGCACGUAACGUGAACGGGCAAAAGCGGUGAGGGAGGAGCGCCCUUCUCAAAUAUAACAGUAAUCUGUGCUGUUUAGUCAUGUUGUCAACAAGGCAGCAUGGCGCAUCGUCCAGAAACAUAUUUUUCCAUAAAAUGUUAGUUUUCAAAUUAGAUUUCAUUGGGAAGGAAGAUAAGUAAUCACUUUUGCAUGUGAACACAGAAUCCUACUCAUUAUACCACGUGCUUAAUUACGUCACUUGUUUUGAGCCGGCUUUCACUUCGUGCAAAACACACCUACUCCCUGAUUCACACAGACCCGAUACCUGUAUUUUGGUUACAGCAGGGUUUCCAAAAUUCUGUCCUCAGGACCCCAAGGGGUGCAUGUUUUUGCCCUAGCGCUACACAGCUGAUUCAAAUCAACUAAUCAUCGAGCUUUGAAUUAGCUGUGUAGUGUUAGGGCAAAAAACAAUGUACACCCUUUGGUUCUUGAGGACAGAGUUUGGGAAAUGCAGUAGUCAUGACUAGGUCUUUAGGUGGCUUUUAAUUUGCCAUGUUUUUAUACCCUACCCCUUAAAGAUAUACCAAAAAGCAGGUCGUGGUACGUUGGUGGAAUCUUUGUAUAUGAAAGCGGUAUCAGUGUCAAUUUACCAUGUGAAAUGAGGCUUGUGAUAUUGGUAAUUCCCACAUUGGGUAAGUCUUUUGUUAUUCUGAAGCAAAGUUAGUUCAUAUGGAACAGGACUGCUUGUUAGCGCCACAAGUAUGGAAAAUGGGCAGAAAGUACAUGUGAGGAGCAGUAAUGUCUUUGGCGCGAAUCUCAAUAUGGAGGCUUCCUCUUUGUAUCCUCUCCUUUGUCUUUACUGAUCUUAAUACAGGCAGGAAUUUGCCUUCACCUGUCCACUUAGUUCAGGGAUUGGCAACUCCAGCCCUUGGGAGCCAAAUUGGUGUCACACUUUUGCCCAGGAAACACACUUGACUCAAUCAACUAAUCAUGAUCUUCUGUUUAGAAUGCAAUUCAUUUAAUCAGCUGUGUUCGCUACAGAUUGGGGAAAAGUGUGACCGCUCCAGCCUCUGAGGACUGGAGUUGGCCAUCCCAGGUGUAGGAGAGGAAAUUAGGAAGACACUUUGGACCAUUGAGACGCAGCCGUAGCUUGGUAAAAUCAGGUGUACUCUGGGAACUGUAGUCUGCUGCUCGCUCAGAGGUCCUACUGCAGAUUCUCAUUCGCAUAAUUCAGAAAGGUGUUUUUGAUUUAGUUUCAUUUUGUUGUUGAAGACUGAUCACACCUAGUCAAAAUGAAAGACAACGGGUUAUCAGAAUUAAGCGUAGGCUACAGUAUGUUCUGGCUCAGGUCUCCUUCCCGGUGGCUCAAGUUUGUUUUUAGGCCGUACUACAUUCCCUCAAAGUGAAACUAAAGCAUGUAGACAAUGUAUAGUGGAAGAGUGUAUUGAUGCGGUAUUAGGUGUGCUCACCAUCCUAACCUGUCCCCACUAACUGCGUUGACCCUGCAUCGAAGUGCCAGUGCAUCUGUAAAUACAUGUACAUGGAUGGAAUGUUGCUUUUCAUUUGCACUCAAAUGGUUUAAGAUGUUUCCUCCACCUUCCAAUAAAAGCUCUCAAAGACCA